CCUCAUCACUCCCCUCUCUUCUUCUACCUAUAACCUGCAACCUCACUAUUAAUGUUGCCAGCGAUCUCUUCAAAACUUCAAACCCAAAACACAAGCAAACCUACCUAGACCUUCUCUCUCUUUCCCUUUUUCUCUUCGACAGAAAUGGCUCCCGCAGCUUCGGAUCCUUUCGACGACCUCCACCACACCAUGAGCUCCACCACAGUUUGCGUAAUGGAUGCGUCGGGCCACCUCGGCUCGACCCUCGUCCGGCGCCUUGUUCAGAGGGGCUACACAGUCCACGCUGCGCUCCAGAGCCAUGGGGAAUCGAAGUUGGGUUCGGUUUCGUUUGAGAAUAACAAGAGGCUGAAGAUUUUCCAUUUAGACCCGUUUGAUUACCAGAGCAUAGUCGAUGCUUUGAAGGGCUGUUCUGGCUUGUUCUACACCUUUGAGCCUCCACAAGACCAGCCCGACUAUGAUGAAUAUAUGGCGGAUGUAGAGGUAAGAGCGGCACACAACGUUCUAGAAGCAUGUGCCCGAACCGAAACCAUAGACAAGGUAGUGUUCACGUCCUCUGUAACCGCCGUCGUUUGGAGUAACAACAGAUCGACGGCCGCUGCUACGCCGGAGUUGGACGAACGGCACUGGACUGACGUCAACUUCUGCCGCAAGGUCAAGCUAUGGCAUGCCCUAUCAAAAACCCUAGCAGAGAAGACAGCGUGGGCAAUGGCAAUGGACAGGGGCUUGAAUAUGGUGUCCAUGAAUGUAGGGUUGAUGUUGAACGCCGACUUGUCCAUCAGCAACCCGUACUUGAAGGGAGCGGCCGAGAUGUAUGAAGACGGCGUGCUUGUCACCGUCGAUGUUAAUUUUGUGGUGGAUGCUCAUAUUUGCGUUUUUGAAGACGUCACAUCCUAUGGUCGGUACUUAUGUUUCAACAACAUCAUCACUCAAUCGGAGGACGCCGUUAACCUUGCCCGGAAGUUGACGCCUUCCGCCCCGGCCGCGUUGCCCCAAGGCAAAGACCAGGAUGUGAGAAUCAUACAAGAGAGAAUCAGCAACAAGAAGUUGAAUAAGUUGAUGGUGGGUUACAAGAGUAAAUCUCAAGUGUGUUGAAGGAGGAUUGUUUAAAUUUGUAUGGCAUGAUGGUGCUUAAAAGAACCACAUGUCAUUAAGGGAAUAACUAUGUCUAUCUAUAUAUACACCACUAAUAUUAGUUAUAUACAUUAGUUAAUUAUGUGGUUAAUUUCCAUGUUUUGGGGCUAGCUAGCUAGUGAGAAGUUGGCAAAUUGUUGCACUAGUACAUCAGAAGCCAAUCAAGGCGCUGCUGAUAUAUUGUAGUAUAACAGGAAAGUCCCAGAUCUGUAUGUAAGUUCUGUUCAUAGAUCGAGUGGAUGUUAUAGUUAUUGGUUUGGUAGCCAAGCAAUCCCCCCAUGAAGCUAGACAAUAAGCAGCAGCAACAUCUAGUAUGUAGAAGCUCCAAAUACGACUAAGAGGUUACCAUCGACAAGGAAACAAGAUCGAAGUAAGCAUUGAAGGAUUUCUAAGAAGGAAGACUAUGUAUCAAUCGUUGUCUAAAACCCUCUCAAGUCUCAACAUGUAAUUACUAAAUCUAACAAUUAUGGAAUAAAAUUAUCGAUAUACUUCGUUUCUAUC